AUGUCCUUGUGUGCACACAUCUCCCUGUUCUCCUGCUCUCUUCUGGUCCUCCUAUCUCUCUCUAUAUCAUCAUAUAUUCCUGACUCCAACCCACUCCUGCUCUUCAAUGAUCAAGUCAGAGAAAGACAUCUCUACACAGAUAAUCAAAGAAAAGAACUGUUUCUGGAGAUGACCCCUGAUGGAAAAGUGACAGGGAGCCCUGCUCAGACCUCUCACAGUGUGUUGGAGAUGAGGUCAGUUCGAGAAGGUGAGACAGUUAUCAAGGGUGUGUCCUCAUCCCUUUUCCUCUGUGUGGACAGCAUUGGCCAGUUGAGGGGACAGAGCCACUACACAGAGGCUGACUGCUCCUUCAGAGAGCUGCUGCUAGCUGAUGGAUACUCUCGUUUCUUCUCUUCACAUCACAAACUGUAUGUGUCCCUCGCCUCAAAAGGCUCCACACCGCAACAUGGGCUCCCGUUCUCGCGGUUCCUACCCCUGAGGAACAUUUUGGUAUCUAGAAGUAUGACGAAUACAGCUGAAAAUCGACAACAGAAUCAGCAACAGCUUGACCUGGACUCGGAUAACCCUUUCGGCAGGGGUCUCACUGGUGUUGUCAGUCCACAGUUCUCCAGGGAUAACUGA